GGAUAUUUUAACCCGUUGUUGACGGGAUUGAGAGAAACCAAAGUUCCCAAGCAACGACAGAGCAAUGGCUCAAGGUGGCCUACUCUUGAGCGCAGCAGGCAUGGUACGAGAGAAUAUAGUCUACGACCAAGACGGCCAGGCGUAUAUACCGGCCACGCAACGGCCGGACGGUACGUGGAGAAAGGCGAGGCGUGUGAAAGACGGUUACAUCCCGCCUGACGAGAUCCCGGUCUACCAGAGUAAGGGGAGGAUAUUGGCCCAGGAGGUGCAUUCGGCUCAACCAGCAGGACUACGACCAGUCGAUGAUUUGAGUCCACUGGCAAGAGUGUUAGGUUGGUCACCUGAUCCUGAGCCAACCAACAAACCACUGUCUCGAGCCCAGAAGAAAAACGAGAGGAAGAAGCAGAAGAAAAAGGAGAAGAAAGCAAACGAGGUCGCAUUUGAAAUCGAGGAGGUUACUACAGGACUUAAAGAAGUUACACUGGGCGAGAAAUCAUCAAAAUCAAACGGAGAACCAGAGACUAAGAGAAAAGAGGAGAGUAAGGACACAGUUGCUGCAAAAGGGGUUGGUGCACCAGCCAGCCAACAGCAGGAUGACACGGAGAGUUCGAGAGACAGGCUAAAGAGGGAACGAGCUCUCAGAAAAAAGCUGAAACAGAUCAGAGAUUUGGAGGAAAAGAUUGCAAGUGGAGGGAUAAGCAAGCCAGAUCGCGACCAGCUAGCAAAGAUUGCCAAAAAGGCCGACAUUGAAGCUGAACUUCAAGAUCUAUCAGAAAGCUUCUAGUUGUGACUCCAACAGUUUUCAAUUCAAUAUAUAGUAGGAUGCCCCUGCUCGCCAAAGUUAAUAUUAAGCACCAUCUACCAAUUGUAAAAUUUUAAACAGGUAGAAUGAAAUUGCGUCAGGUAUUUUUUAAUUAUCGUACAGUGAAAAAUUUUAAUCUGUUUGUUUUAGUUUCUGAGUCCAGUCGUACGGUGCCCACCAUUCGCUCAGUUUCACCACCUUUUCCCUCUGUUUGUCGAAUUCCUCGCGGCGAGGCUUUAGCCAGAGUCGAGGGCUCAGAUCGAGGAGUCCACCCACCACUUCCCGACCGAAAUAGUGUGGAAAUUGAUCCGUGUCUUCAAUCACGUGACCGAACCCACCGUCCAGCCCAAACUCUGCAAAGAAGUACGGUAGCCCCGUGGGUAGAGAACCGCGAACACCUUUCGCUCUCGUGUCGAUCAGCUUCUUGUUCUGCGCCCACUCUUCGUCCGAUUCGAGAAUGGCUUUUUUGAAAUACAUCGGAGCGAGCUCUCCCUCUUCGCGGGGAAUCGGGACGCAGUCGAUGUACAUGUGCGUCUUUCUCUUCACGCUCGUAAACGUCUCCAUAAACACAACGUCGAGAUCGCGAUCGGCAAACAUUCGAGUGAGCCCCUUUCGGAAGAUGUCCACCUCGCUCCAUACGUUUUCGUCGAGAAAGAGGGAACAAGUCACGUGCUCCAUUGGCACUAUGUAGCAGUGGCCCUCUGCCAGUGACGUGUGCCAGGGGGCACAGACGUACGUGUUCAUGCCGACUGCUAUGAGGAGGUGCUUGUUGAAGUUGGGAUUAUCGAAACAGAGCUGGCAUUUGUCGACUGCAUCGGCCAUUUUACGGUUUUCCGCAACGGAGCGCUUCUUGGCCUUUUCGAGCUCUUUAGUUUCGUCGUAUUUCAUUGCUGAUUUAGAAUCAAAUGCGUCGUCGACCGUUUCGUCUGCGCCGGAGGCGGGUACGAAUUUCGAGGCCAUUCGCGCGAUAGCAGCGUGCGUCUCUUCGGCCGUCAUCAUUCUUUCCUGCUCAACCAGCUCUUUUAGACUGUAGCGAUCGUCGUCGUGGAAAUACUUCUCUCGUUUUCCUUUCUUUGUGUGCGUGGCUCCCUUUGGCUGCGGGCGGUAGCCUUGGGAAGUCGACGGAAGCUGGAGUGGUUUCUCUCUACCGAAACGAUCGGUUUUUGUCAAAACUAGCGUUUUCUCUUCUCUUGUGGCCCUAUUCGAAACACCAGAUGAUAGGGUGCUCUCCUGAAGUCUCUUCACUUCCCUCAGUCGCUCGAGCUCACUUUUCAACUUCUCGACUUUUCCCGUGUUUCCCACCAGCUCCGCCUUCAAGAGUUUAGCUCCGAGAGAAUUCAGUUGAGCCUCAGUCACGGGCUUGUCUGGCAAAGCUACUGGCGUUUCUCUGGCCUUCUCAGCACUCUCCCCAAAACCAGACAUUUCUUCGGUGGUGGAAAAAAUCUUUUCGCGAGACGCCUCUGAUUCAGAGGGCGGGGAAGAUUUGCUAACUGCGACAGAAUCAGUAGUGAUUUCGGUACUGAUCACAGAGCUUUCUGGAGCCGGGGAUGAUUUAUUCUUUCUCCAGCCUUGCCCGGAGGAGGAUGAUGUAGUGGUCAUACCAGUUCCGAUACCGGUCGAGCGAGAAUGGGGACCUGUCUCCAGGUCGCCAGGUUUCAAAAACUCGCUGUGAUCGCUGGAGGCUGAAGAGUCUGGAGCCGGUUUUCGAAAUCUUUGUUUCAAGUCUCUCUUUCGCUUCUCGAUGUCCCCUUCGUGUCUCCGGUACUUGUAGCCCACUCUCGUCUCUUCCCUGCGUCCCUCCCUCCUCUCCCCUCUUUCCCUCCUCUCCUCCUCACCCCUUCUCCUCUCCCCCACGUCCACCUCCUCACGUUCCUCUCUCCUCUCCGUCACUCUCUCUCGUCUUCGAUCAAACCUCUCAACCGAACGCCUCUCUGAGUAAUCGUCCAGUCUUCUCGUUCUAGAAUACAAAUACUCUCUCUUUGUGCGUCCCUUGGGCGGUGCAUCUGGAUCAUCGGGAUCAAUCCCCUGCUGCGUUCAGCAGUGAGUAGAGUUUCUCCAGCGACCCCCAGCGUUCGACGGCAAUCUCUUCCACGGUGUGGCCACUGUCACUGGCUUGCUCUAUAGCUCGUUUG